AGCUAAACUGAGGUGGGGAUGAAAAAUCAUCAUUUAGUUAGCUCGCUGCUAGCUGCCUAUAGUUGAAGUGUAAUGAGCUUAGUAGCCCAAAUUUAGAAUAUUUGUUUACUUUUUGGUAGGGACGACGACGACCCUUUGACACCAAGGAUGGACAUAAGCUAACAAUGACGGGGGAGAAAAAGAAGAAGAAGCGGCUGAACCGCAGCAUUCUUCUUGCAAAGAAAAUUAUAAUAAAAGAUGGAGGAAGUCCUCAGGGGAUCGGCGAGCCCAGUGUCUACCAUGCUGUGGUGGUCAUUUUCCUGGAGUUUUUCGCAUGGGGUCUUCUCACUACCCCGAUGCUCUCGGUUUUACAUCAGACAUUCCCCCAACACACAUUCCUGAUGAAUGGACUCAUUCAUGGCGUGAAGGGCCUGUUAUCAUUUUUGAGUGCUCCUCUGAUUGGAGCAUUGUCAGACGUUUGGGGGCGCAAGUCCUUCUUGCUGCUAACGGUCUUCUUCACAUGUGCACCCAUUCCACUGAUGAAGAUCAGCCCAUGGUGGUAUUUUGCAGUCAUCUCCAUGUCUGGCGUCUUUGCCGUCACCUUCUCUGUAAUCUUUGCUUAUGUGGCAGACAUCACGCAAGAGCAUGAGAGGAGCACAGCAUAUGGCUUGGUAUCUGCCACCUUUGCAGCCAGCCUGGUUACCAGUCCAGCCAUCGGGGCCUAUCUGUCUACUACCUACGGUGACACGUUGGUGGUGAUCUUAGCCACAGCCAUCGCCCUACUGGACAUCUGCUUCAUACUAGUGGCUGUACCAGAGUCUCUGCCAGAGAAAAUGAGGCCCGCCUCGUGGGGAGCUCCCAUCUCUUGGGAGCAGGCGGACCCCUUUGCUUCUUUGCGUAAAGUAGGCCAGGACUCUACAGUUCUCCUCAUCUGUAUCACAGUGUUUCUGUCCUACCUCCCUGAAGCUGGACAGUACUCCAGCUUCUUCCUCUAUCUCAGACAGGUCAUAGGGUUCACCUCUGAGACGGUGGCUGCCUUCAUUGCAGUUGUAGGGAUCCUCUCCAUAUUGGCUCAGACGGUGGUGUUGGGGAUCCUGAUGCGCUCUAUAGGGAAUAAAAACACCAUCCUGCUCGGCCUCGGCUUCCAGAUCCUCCAGCUGGCCUGGUAUGGCUUUGGCUCCCAGCCUUGGAUGAUGUGGGCAGCUGGAGCCGUUGCAGCCAUGUCCAGCAUCACCUUCCCAGCCAUCAGCGCCAUCGUGUCCCGUAACGCAGACCCUGACCAGCAAGGUGUUGUCCAGGGGAUGAUCACUGGCAUUCGAGGUCUCUGUAACGGUUUAGGUCCGGCUCUUUACGGCUUUGUCUUCUACUUGUUCCAUGUUGAGCUGACAGACUCAGAAGGCUCAGAUAAAGGAGCCAAACCCAAUAUGGCCAACCCCACUGACGAGAGUGCCAUCAUCCCCGGCCCUCCCUUUCUCUUCGGAGCGUGCUCAGUGCUGCUGUCCCUGCUGGUGGCCCUGUUCAUCCCGGAGCACACGGGGCCCGGCAUGCGGCCCGGGGCCUAUAAGAAGCACAGCAACGGAGCCCAGAGUCAUUCCCACAGCCCUCAGGGCAGCGGAGCGGAGGGCAAGGAGCCGCUGCUGGAGGACAGCAGCGUAUAACCUCAGCUAAUGGGGGCACAUACCCCGUUAAAAAAGACCCUUAGUAUGGACAGAUGCACACGUUUUACCACAAGGACGCAUCAGAGUGCCGUGGAGAGUUUGUUCAAAUGUCCACAGCACAAAAGUGGGUCCUCCAUGAAGCCGUAGUUUGUCUAAAGGCAGGGUUUGACGAGGACUUUCUGAAGAGCCUGUUUGAAGAAUCUCUGAUUAGUAUUUUUUGGUUUGAGUGAAAGAGAUGCCGCUCAGCUGGACGCCAUUUUCUCUGCAGGUCUAUCAGAGUGGAAAACACAUCAGCACGUCGCCCCUUCCUGAAGCAGAGCUGAACCCAGUCAAGUGCAAGAGGCUUUGUUUAUUUAAAAUGUUGCUAAAAACCUGUGUGAGUCUUGAUAUUGGUUUUGUCCAGUCGGAGUGUAACCAACACUAGGGCACUCGUACUGAAAAGCUAACUUCUGUACAAACGCUUGUCUCUGUUUUCUGCAAGGGAAACACAGUUCUUCCUGUGUGUGCACAGCGACUUUAGGCUGUAAGAGGAGGGCUGAACAACCGCUGCCUGACAUCCGCUGGGAUGGUCGACCUGUUCAGAAAGGUGUCAGGACCACAGAUUUAUUCAGAUAUCUGACUUCUCACAGAGAGAAGCGCAGGAAAGAGACCACUUCAUUAGCUGAAGUCUUUUUUUUUUUCUUUUCAAUGUUUACCUGCAGUUCUCUAGAUUCAUAGUACGGUUUGGGUUGUACAUUUUUAUCUGAGCAAACCCAAGGCUAGUUAUGCUUCAAGUUUUUAAUUCAAGACACAAACGAUGCCUUGAAGUGACUUACCGUUAAAGAUAAACAUUGCAUAACCUGUAUGAAGACCAAGGUCUGAGAAGGCUCUGUAAUCUACUCUGUCGCUCCCAUCGGAGUUGUUGGACACUUUUUAUUCCUCGCAUUUCUCCCUUUCUUGUCUGAUUUGGUUUAUGACAUGGAUCAGCAUUAAGAGCCCCAUUGUUGUCUCCUUUCUUUUUUACUGUAAAAGCAUCAGCACCAUGAGAGCUAGCGAUCAGCAAGUCGGUGUCCACACUGACUUUUAACACCAUAUUUCUGGUGUUGGUAUCAUUAAACGAUUUACGAGAAUAUCAGUGAUCCUGCUGCAGCAGGAGAUUCUUUUCCUUUUUGAACCGAUGAGAUGAUUUUUCUACGGAUUGAUUAAAAACGGACGGUUUCAUUUGAUCUCAUGUUUUAAACUGCCAACUAAAGUAGAUUUCUCCAACAUGCAUCCCUUCCUUUAGCUGUGCGGAUCCUCUUAUUAACAGGGUUCUUUAAGUAUGAAGGCUGAUUUUAGUCAGAGAUAAAAACAAUGGAAAAACUUUUGUGUAAUGUUUUCCCUAUCCAACUAUCUAAAGAAUUUUCCGCUUUUAAACAUUACUUCCUCGUCUUUCUGUCGCUUCUUCAUUCUUGCUGUUUUUCUUUCUUUACUCUUCCUUACUUCCCUGUUUCUUACCUUUUCCCUCCUGUUCUUCCUUUGAUUCCUUCCUUGUCUCCUUAGUGGUAUCCUACCUCCUCUCUUCCUACACUUUUAUCCCUCCUUCAGUCUUGAUAGUUGCUUCUGAAACAGAUUUCCAUCACAGCUGCUUGUUUUGGCACCUUAACUGAAGCUGAAUUAAGGUUUUGUUUUUUGUUUUUUCACAGUUCAUCAAAACUUUUCCAACCAUCCCAUCUUAACUCUUUGCUAUUUUGUUUUUUUUUUUUUAUAUAGUUUAAGGGAAACAAAUUCAACCUGCCACACCACAGUCAACCCCAACAAACAACAUAUAAACUAACUCUGACUAAAAUUAAUUAUUUUUUGUUUUCUUCUGGUCUGCAUUUCCAUCAAAUCAAAUGAUUUUUUGAAUCCUUCCUCUUACUUUUUGUGGAAAUGUAAUUUUCCAAUAAUGGUGGUCCGUGCAGCCCAGUGAGCCACACACAGACAGAAUUAGAGGCAUUGUUAUAAAACAUCGUUCUAAGACUAAAAUCCAUGUUGAUGCUGUAGAACCCAACUUGGCCUGCAGGUGGCGAUCCAGUUCAUCUUAUAUUGUAGUUUGGUUGUUUUUGGGGCAGGGAUUGCAAUCCCAACAGGUUUUUAUUUACUUUUCCAUGUUUGUUUUUCUGCAGAAAAAUUCAAAUAUCUUAAUCAUGCCUCUAAUAGUGAACCUGUGUUUAAAAACUCUUACAGCUCACAUGUGUGCCAAAUUUGUUUGAUUUUGCUUCUUUUGUACUCUUUAUGCACUUGAAAAUUUCAAUUAUUUUCUUGGUUUCUUAUUUGUCUUAAUAUCUUUUGCUGAGAUUUAACUUCAAAUGCUGUCUUUUUUUUAAGCUUUUUAAGUCUUUAUAGGGAACUUUCCCUGCUUUUGUUUUUCUUACACUGUAAAGCAUCAGCUCUCUUCAUCUUUUCAGCCUUGGUCUUCAUUUAACAAGCAUUUCACAGUUUUUGUAUUUUUUUUUUCCCUGUUCUGAGUGUAUUUGUGUGUUUACCAGAUUGAUAUCUGAAUGUUCCACAUCAUUUUGACCACAUAACUUAUCUGAGCCUGCCACCAUUUUUAUUUGCCCAGUGAGACUUAAGAGUCUUUCUAAAUUCAUCUUUUAUUGGAUGAAGCAGAAAGGUAAACUCGUGUCCCAAUCCUAUUUAAAUUAACAAUCUGCACUGGCCUCCAUGUACACUCUAAGCAGACGACAGUAAAAGUACAAAGAUCAUCUGUACAUGCAGCAAAUGUAAAUAUAUACUUGUCGCUCGAGAAACUGGCCCAAUCUUGGUCCCAUUUGGUCGUAUGAUGCAGUUACAUAUUUCUAAAAGCGUAUCUGUUAUUAGCCACUCUUUAUUUUUAGUACAACGUGGUUUGUGGCCUGAACCCCCUUCUCUGUGUGCCUAAAAUUAGCCAAGAAAUGUGUAUGACAACGCAAGUAAACGGUGGUUAUUAUGUAAAUACGGGAAACUAAUGAUAAACUAUUUAUUAAAGGUUUAUU